AUGCAGACGAAGGCGUCAUCGCCGCCGCGCGGUGUCGGCAUUGACGAGCGCCUCCCUGUGCUACCAAAGGUGCACAUGCCGCUCAAGGCCAGUCUCCAAGAUACGCCCCCGCCAAAGGGCUUUGUCACUAGCCUCCAAGACGGCGUCGCCAAGUGGCUCCAGAAGAAGAAACCAGAACCAGCGAUUGACUCACCGCCACAACCUGUCCACACGGGCCUGCCCGAGAAGACGGAGCUACGAAAGCAACGCAGCGCAUGUCAGAUCCUCCUUGGCGCCAAUUCGAGGGAGCUUCCGAUGCUGGAUAUGCCUGAAGAGCUUUGCUCUCGCUGCCACGGGUUCUUGAAGCAUGACGCGAUUCCUUGUCUGCCUGACGACUGGACCGAGUGCAAGCUCAACUCGGGACGCACCGGCUUUCUCAACACCAAGACCAACGAAAAGCUAGCACUUCCGCCGCCCGGAAUGCCGCCGACGAGCUGCGUGCUCGUUGGCCUCACCCCCACGCAAGUCGCGGCGCUACUCGGUCGGCGCAGAAGAACGUACUCAAUGGCACAGGAGCCGACUCCGCGGGGUCGACGACCCGCCCGCCGCCCACCGCUGCUCCGGGGUGGCAGCAACAAUGCGCUCUGCGCCAGUCUUCCAGUGAUGCCCAAGGUCUACCUCCCCCUCAAGACAUAUUAUCACAUUGAGAACGGCUUGACGGUCGACGAGGUCUUGACGAAUUUGCAUAUUGACCCGUCGACGACCUUUGCGCCCCGAAAAAUCGAGGCGAAUGCGGGGCACCGGGACAUGGACGCCCUCAUUGAAGGUCGACCAAAGCCCAAGGACAUACUCUGUCCACGCUGCCGCGGGUUUCGAAAAGAGUCGAACGUACCCGAGCUGCCGCCAUUCUGGAUUGAAACGUGCCGGACGUCGAGCGGCAAGUGCGCCUUCUACAAUACGAGGACGAAGGAAACCCUCGACUUCCCGCCGUGGGGCACCCCCGCGAUUAGCUCGACGGUCUUUCACCACCAUGGAACGACCCAGUGUGUGUGCCGGUGCAACCAGUCGCGACGGCAUACGGCGCUGGCGCCGGUGGGCCGGGCCAAGACGAGCCACGGCAAGCGGACCCGAUACCACUCGGUCGUGGGGCUUCGCACGGGCAACAUGUAG